AUGCAAAAUAUAAAUUAAUUAUCUGCUCGUAUAUAAUAAAGCAUCUCUAAGUAGCUUUCAACAAGAACAGAUUAAACUGAUAGUCAAAUCUUAAACACAUCUGAAACAUAAAAAUUGUUGAAGUAAAUCUACAUCAUCAAAGAAAGUGAUAAAAAAAAUAAAAAACCAAAAUUCAUGGCUGUUAAAUAGGACUUGUAAUUUCAAUAUCUUACUGAACCUAAAUAAAUUAAUAUUGGAUAAUUUAUUUAGAAAGAACAUACAUAUGAGGAAAAUAAAAAAAAUUCUGUUGAUAUAACUAAUAUAGGUGGUUAAACUUGGAGAAUAGAGAGAUAGAUGAGAUAAAGCUUAAACUUUAAAGAUUUACAUAAGUUGGAUGAAUCAAUUGCUAUUGAUAUUCUUAAUAGAUAAGUAGGAAAGACUGAAACCAAUUUUUAUGAAUUUAAGUAAAAAUCUUCAAGGAGAACAAAGAGUUAACAAGUCAAAAAAAGAGAUAUCAUCAAUAUAACUAGUAUUCCAUUCACUAUUCCAAAAACUAAUAAUCAAUUAAAUAAAACUGCUCAUGACUUUAAAAUAACUAACAAAGAUUAAAUUUUAUAUAAACUACCUGUCUCAAACCUAGGAGUUCCAAUUGUUAAAACAUAAAGAAGUAUGAGAAAAUCCCGUUAUCAUUAUCCUUUCUCUACAAUGAAUAAUUUUAAUUAUAGUAGAUUAAAUAAAUCCUUAUGGAUAAGUAAUUUUUGA